CCUCCUCCUCUUCCCUUCCUCCAAACACACCCACCCACACACACACACACAUACACACACAUGCACACACAUCUGGAGUAUACGAUGACAUCCAGCUUUCUCUUUGCUUCGGACAUGCUUUGAAAUAUCUGCCGCCCUCUCUGUCCUCCUGUGUCUGCCCGCCUGGUGUGCGGUACCACAAAAAUUGGGCACCUAUGGCUUUGGUUAUGGAACCCAUCAGCAAGUGGACGCCUAAGCAAGUGGUGGACUGGAUGAAAGGGCUUGAUGACUGUCUCCAACAAUAUAUAAAGAACUUUGAGAGGGAGAAGAUCAAUGGAGAGCAGCUUUUACACAUUACACAUCAGGAACUCGAGGAGUUAGGUGUCACGCGGAUUGGCCAUCAGGAACUUAUCUUGGAAGCAGUUGAUCUACUCUGUGCAUUGAACUAUGGCUUAGAGACAGAAAACCUCAGAACGCUUUCCCACAAAUUGAAUUCCUCAGCCAAAAAUUUACAGAAUUUCAUAACAGGUAGACGGAGGAGUGGCCAUUAUGAUGGCAGGACAUCCAGAAGGCUGCCAAAUGACUUCCUUACCUCUGUGGUUGACCUCAUUGGUGCUGCCAAGAGCUUAUUGGCCUGGCUAGAUAGGUCGCCAUUUGUUAGUGUGACAGAAUAUUCACUUCUGAAAAACAACAUUGUUCAGCUGUGCCUGGAACUAACAACCAUUGUACAACAAGAUUCCACAGUUUAUGAAACUGAAAAUAAGAUUUUACACGUGUGUAAAACAUUAUCAGGGAUCUGUGAUCACAUCAUCUCACUUUCUUCUGACUCCUUGGUGUCUCAGUCUGCACAUCUUGAAGUUGUCCACCUGACGAACAUAAUGCCCAGUGAGGGUUUGGGCAUGUACAUCAAGUCAACCUAUGACGGCCUCCACGUUAUUACAGGAACAACGGAAAAUUCUCCUGCAGACCAGUGCAAGAAGAUUCAUGCAGGGGAUGAAGUAAUUCAAGUCAACCACCAAACAGUGGUGGGAUGGCAGCUGAAGAAUCUUGUCAAUGCACUCAGAGAAGAUCCCAGUGGGGUCAUUUUGACUUUGAAAAAGCGACCACAGACCACACUCACCUCUGCUCCUGCACUGCUAAAGAAUGUGAGGUGGAAACCUUUAGCACUACAGCCAGUUAUUCCAACGAGUCCUACAAGCAGCUCCACAACACCAACUAGCACCAUUGGCAUGUCAUCAAAGUAUGACAGUUCCACACUUCAUGAUGUCUUCAUUCUAUCUCCUCUUUCAGGAAUGUACAGUCCCAGGGAUGAAUUGGGGAUAGUGCCUUGUGACGAUUUUGGCAAGUAUGGGAUGGCAAAGGCUGGAAUUAAAGGCUCCGAAACUUCCAGUUACUUUCUGGACCAUGACAGUGGAAAAUAUUACACACUAAUGGAAGGAGAGGGCCUGGCCAUGAGUUCUGAGUAUGAGAGAGGAAGAGCAACUGGUCUCCGGAGAAGAGAGAAAACUCCAACUCAUGAGGAUUCACUUCUACAAUACCUGAGUGAUGAUAAGGUUCUGAUCAUUCAAGAGGACCCUAUGACACAGAGGGACAGCAAGAGAGACACAGGCAGGAGAUCAAGGAGGAGGAAGAACCCAGGUAGUCCCAGCUACCCUAUUAGUCCCUCUGUACUGACAGCCCCAGUGAGACUCGAACCCACUCCUCAGGAGAUCUUGAAUUUUCCACUGCCUGAAAGCAACACGGUGCCUCUCUACCAUCGAGCAGGGGAUUCUAUUGUUGGGGAGACAGAAAGGUAUGCAAGUGCUGGCAUUGAUAGACAAGGCACGACAACAAUGAGGAAGUCUUUUCAUUAUGCUUCUCUGAGAUCAAAAACCAAGAAGAGACCAAAAGGCACCCUUACCAGUGGUAGCAGGAGGCGUAUUUCUUGCAAGGACUUGGGCCAUGGAGAUUGUGAAGGCUGGCUGUGGAAGAAGAAAGAUGCAAAAGGAUACUUCACCCAGAAAUGGAAGAAGUACUGGUUUAUUCUAAAAGAAGCAUCUCUCUACUGGUACACAAACCAAAAUGAUGAGAAGGCAGAGGGAUUUAUCAGUCUACCAGAGUUUCGGAUUGACAGAGCUAUUGAAUGCAGACGGAAAUAUGCCUUCAAGGCUUGCCAUCCAAAAAUUAAGAGCUUCUACUUCGCGACUGACUCCUUGGAAGAAAUGAACAGGUGGAUGAACCGACUAGGACUAGCUGCUAUUGGAUAUGCACCUGAUGAUAAGGUGACCAGAGCAGAUGAAGACUACUGGAGUGAAAGUGACCAAGAGGAUGUUAAUGAUUCCUUAGCUGUGAAAGCAGAAGUCCCUUCAGUUGUGUGUGACACCUAUCCCCGGACACCAUCAAUGAAUUCGUCAAGUCCCUUUCCUGAAUCUAAGCACGGACGUCACUUCUCGAGUGAGUCAACAUACUCACACUCAUCAGCUGAGGAUUCACGACACGAUGCAUCAGGAAGUACCCAUUCAUCUGGUUGCAGAUCUUCAUACAGAGAGCGACGGUCAUGGCAGGAUCUGAUUGAAACUCCUCUGACUAGUUCGGGGCUGCACUUCUUGCAGACUAUCCCUCUGGAAGCAGAGUAUGUAACUGGUAGAACAGGACUGAUGUCACCUGAGAGGAGAAGGCAGGCAACAUUGCCUGUUCAGAGACACCACAACCAUGACCGUGAUGGGCCUUUUCCAUUGGUAGAGUGUGAGCUGGGACCGGGUUCUCACAGCAGAGUUUGCAAACAACGGAGCCAAAGUCUGCCUAGGAAUAGAGAAGCAAGAAUCAGAGGACAAAUGCUGCCUCCCGGACUCGCCGAGGAGAGAUCUGAAGAUGAUGAGAUUCCAGGUAUCAAGCAAAAUGGUGCAAACAGGCAAGAAAGUCGAGCAGAAGCCAGAAGAUCUACAGAUGGGUUGCAGGAGCUGUACAGAUCCUUGGAGCAGGCGAGCUUAUCUGCAAUUGGAGAGCAGCGCCCUUCGACCAAACAGGAAUUCCGAAGGUCGUUUAUAAAAAGAUGUAAUGAUCCAGUUGUCAAUGAAAAACUACACCACAUUAGGGCACUGAAGAGUACGAUCAAGGCAAAAGAAGGUGACCUGGCGGUAAUCAACCAGAUUCUCGAAGAUCCCUAUCUGUCAUCCAAAAGAUUUAGGGAGUGGAAGCGGCUGAAUCAUGAGUUUUUCUUGGACAUUUGUGGUUACAGUUCUGUAAUGAAGCCACAAAACGGUGCAUCAGAACUGGUAUCGCCAGCACCACUCUUGACCCAUACACACUCAUUCAUUGAAACUCACGUGUGAAUUGAUUUUUAACAUGAGCACACAGCCCAGCAGACAGCAGCAUUUCACCAAGCUAUCAAAUGUUUAGCAUCCACAUUGUAUAUUUGUACAUAAUGUAUUCAGCAGUAUUCUUGUACAUAGAUCAGAUAAUACAAUAGUAUCACAGGAUGCCUAAUAUGUGCAUGAUAUAAUGUCUGUAUUCUGUUUCUUCCAAGUUUUCUUUGGUUUUUUUUGCCAACACCAUGUGCUUUCAACCUUGCAUUUGAAAGGGUGGAGAAUAGUACUCAUAAAAAUUAUUAGAAUGCACAUAUGCAUAUGUUGUACUAAAAUAAAAUGAAGCUUUUAGUCAACAGCACCUACAUGUUCCAAAGUUUUAUACUGACAUCAGAACUCAGUCCACUUAAUGAAUAACACUGGUGAAUAGUGGUUGAUAACAAUCUCUGAUGAACCAGAGGGGAAUGUCUUAAUCUACUCACAGUUUUAGAUGACCAUUUGUUUUUAUGUAAGCAUUGAACAUACAAAUUGCUGAAUGUAUGUAAAGUAUGUAAAGUUUUGCUAGUGUAACACUGAAUGAAUAAGAGUAAUUUUUGAUGUCCCUUUGAAAACAACCUGCUUUUAUUAAAACUAUAGCUAAAAGCUGUAUAUGAAAAUGACUAAAAAUAUACAAGUAUUAAUAUUUAUAUAUGACUCCCUGCUCACAAUUUUUAUACAGUUGCUUGUUAAGAAAUUGACUCAAAACUUAUAUACUUGGACUCAGAGUUUGAUGGAUGAACCACUGAUACAUCCAAAGUGAAUCUAGUGUCUGAAUUUUGUACCGUUAGUAAUGGUAAGCUGGCAGAAGUUAGUGCUGGGUCCUAGGGUAAUUAUUCUAAUUAUAUGCAAGUAGACAGAAGACUUGUUAGAUCACAUUGUACCUUUAAAAAAGACACAAUAGUAAGACUUACCUGAACACAUUAUUGUGUUGACAUUUAAUUGUGUUUCUUGCUUGCACUUUACUUGCACCAUUAACUGUAGGCUGAGGAGAAGGAGUAUUAUGAAACUGUGAUAAUAAUCAUUUGCAUCACUUAAUGUUAGCAGAAUUCCUUAUAAGAGUUUAAAGACCUCAUCGAGUCUUUUUAUCCAUGAAAAUAUUGAGAAUGUAAUUCAGUAUGUUUUUGAUUUGAAAUCAAUGGACAACAUGUAUCAGUUACUGAAAGCAUUUAAUUCACUUCUUUUACUUUGUUGUGACUAUAAGUAGGUUUUCUGGCAACUGUAGGUCAUUGUAUGUUUUCCACUGUGUGUAUACCUCAUGAUAUGUUACACGAUGUAUGAGUUGUACAACAAUAAAAACAAAAAUUUUA